GCAGUGUCACUAGGCCGGCUGGGGGCCCUGGGUACGCUGUAGACCGCGACAGGCCAGAACACGGGCGGCGGCUUCGGGCCGGGAGACCCGCGCAGCCCUCGGGGCAUCUCAGUGCCUCACUCCCCACCCCCUCCCCCGGGUCGGGGGAGGCGGCGCGUCCGGCGGAGGGUUGAGGGGAGCGGGGCAGGCCUGGAGCGCCAUGAGCAGCCCGGAUGCGGGAUACGCCAGUGACGACCAGAGCCAGACCCGGAGCGCGCUGCCCGCGGUGAUGGCCGGGCUGGGCCCCUGCCCCUGGGCCGAGUCGCUGAGCCCCAUCGGGGACAUGAAGGUGAAGGGCGAGGCGCCGGCGAGCAGCGGAGCGCCGGCCGGGGCCGCGGGCCGAGCCAAGGGCGAGUCCCGUAUCCGGCGGCCGAUGAACGCUUUCAUGGUGUGGGCUAAGGACGAGCGCAAGCGGCUGGCGCAGCAGAAUCCAGACCUGCACAAUGCUGAGCUGAGCAAGAUGCUGGGCAAGUCGUGGAAGGCGCUGACGCUGGCGGAGAAGCGGCCCUUCGUGGAGGAGGCCGAGCGGCUGCGCGUGCAACACAUGCAGGACCACCCCAACUACAAGUACCGGCCGCGGCGGCGCAAGCAGGUGAAGCGGCUGAAGCGGGUGGAGGGCGGCUUCCUGCACGGCCUGGCUGAGCCGCAGGCGGCCGCGCUGGGCCCCGAAGGCGGCCGCGUGGCCAUAGACGGUCUGGGCCUCCAGUUCCCCGAGCAGGGCUUCCCCGCCGGCCCGCCGCUGCUGCCUCCGCACAUGGGCGGCCACUACCGCGACUGCCAGAGUCUGGGCGCGCCUCCGCUCGACGGCUACCCGUUGCCCACGCCCGACACGUCCCCGCUGGACGGCGUGGACCCCGACCCGGCUUUCUUCGCCGCCCCGAUGCCCGGGGACUGCCCGGCGUCCGGCACCUACAGCUACGCGCAGGUCUCGGACUACGCUGGCCCCCCGGAGCCUCCCGCCGGCCCCAUGCACCCCCGACUCGGCCCAGAGCCCGCGGGUCCCUCGAUUCCGGGCCUCCUGGCGCCACCCAGCGCCCUUCACAUGUACUACGGCUCGAUGGGCUCGCCCGGGGCGGGCGGCGGGCGCGGCUUCCAGAUGCAGCCGCAACACCAGCACCAGCACCACCCCCCAGGCCCCGGACAGCCGUCGCCCCCUCCGGAGGCACUCCCCUGCCGGGACGGCACGGACCCCAAUCCGCCCGCCGAGCUCCUCGGGGAGGUGGACCGCACGGAAUUUGAACAGUAUCUGCACUUCGUGUGCAAGCCUGAGAUGGGCCUCCCCUACCAGGGGCAUGACUCCGGUGUGAAUCUCCCCGACAGCCACGGGGCCAUUUCCUCGGUGGUGUCCGACGCCAGCUCCGCGGUGUAUUACUGCAACUAUCCUGACGUGUGACAGGUCCCCGAUCCGCCCCAGCGUGCAGGCCAGAAGCAGUGUUACACACUUCCUGGAGGAGCUAAGGAAAUCCUCAGACUCCUGGGUUUUUGUUGUUCCUGUUGUUUUUUAAAAGGUGUCUUGGCAUAUAAUUUAUGGUAAUUUAUUUUGUCUGCCACUUGAACAGUUUGGGGGGGGGUGAAGUUUCAUUUAAAAUCUGUUCAGAGAUUUGUUUCCCAUAGUUGCAUUGUCAAAACCCUAUUUCCAAGUUCAAGUUAACUAGCUUUGAAUGUGUCCCAAAACAGCUUCCUCCAUUUCCUGAAAGUUUACUGAUCAAAGAAAUGUUGUCCCGGGUGUGUUUUUUCAAUCUUCUAGAAAAUAAAAUCUGGAAUCCUGCUUUUUUGCUCUACUAGUACCUCUGUCACACUAGUCUUAUCAAAAACCAGUUUUUAAGAUCAAUGUUAAGUUUAUUAGUUAAUGUAAAUUUCUCAUCCUCUUGAAAAGGGUGAACAUAAAUGCCUUUAAGGAGUAUAUCUAAAAAUAAACAUUAGGAUAUCUAAGUUUGAUGUAAUUGUUUCGGGAAGGAAAAAAAAGCAUUCUGGAAUGAGCCUGCUUCAUUUCAAGUAAUCUUAGUUUCUAAAACUAACGGUUAAUAUUUUCAAUUCCAGUAUAUCACUUUAAGUAGAAGGGGAUGUCCAAGUAAUUUUGGUUUUCUAACUGUUGAAUCAUAAGCUUGACCUGCCCACAGAGGCUUUUCGGAUGUUUUUAUCUGUGUUCUGCCAUCUCUUUACACUCCUCGACAUUCAGUUUACCUUAAUCUUCACAUUUUUACACCUUGGGAAGUGGCAAGCGUUGCUGGGUUUAAGAUAAUUUAAAGGAGUCACAGAAACUAAUCAAAAUAAAAUUUGCAUUAUGCCAACUUUUAAUACA